UUGCUUUCAAAAUAGUCGGGAAAAAAACCAAAACAUUUGUUUUGUAUUCAGUGGAUAAUAAACUCUGUAAUUAUUCAAGUCAUUCAAAAAAAGGUUAAAAUUUUAAAUGCUGAAAAGAUGAGAAAUGAAACGAAUAAAGUUAGCAUCGAAUAAAACUGCAGAAAGUAGUUCAGGAGAAAAAAACUUGCAUAUAAUUUCUUCUCCUAAGGGAUAUACAAAUAAUUCUAAAACUGUCAGACGAGCAGGAAAUUAUUUGCUAGGGCCUCGACUUGGGACUUCUCCAGUACGAAGUAUUGUGCAAUGUCUUGCUAAGAAAAUUGGAACUGAUGAUUUCUUCACAAUAAAAAUUUUGACCCUUCAAGAUCUGAAAGAUGAGACUCAAGAUGAUAGACAAGGAAAAAUGCUGCUGCACACAGAGUAUUCUUUACUAUCUCUCCUACAUUCCCAAGAAGGAGUAAUACAUCAUCAUGAAUUAUUUAAGGAUGAAUGUUGGGAAGAGAUCAAGACUAAAGAAGGCAUAAAUCUUAGACAAAAGAAGAAGCGAGUCUGUCUAGUACUUGAUUGUAUUUGUGCUCAUGAAUUUAACUCGGCUACAAGAGCCUUGAUUAAUCUUCAGCAUUAUGUAAUUCGAGAAAAGAAACUUUCUGAAAAGGAAGCUAUACUAAUUUUUUAUGAUGUAGUUAAUGUUGUGAGAAAUUUGCAUCAGCAAAAUAUUGUUCAUCGUGAUUUGAAGCUUGGGAAUAUAAUUAUAAAUAAACAAACAAGGAAAAUUACCCUCACCAAUUUUUGUUUGGGGAAGCAUUUAUUAAAUGAAAAUGACCUUUUGAAGGACCAAAGAGGUAGCCCUGCAUAUAUAAGUCCUGAUGUUCUGAAUGGGAAACCUUACCUUGGAAAACCCAGUGAUAUGUGGGCGUUAGGUGUAGUUCUUUUUACUAUGCUAUAUGGCCAAUUCCCAUUUUAUGAUAUUGUACCUCAAGAACUCUUCAGGAAAAUUAAAGCAGGGGAAUAUACUAUUCCUAGCUCUGAUGGGAGAGUUUCUGAAGGCUCCAAUGAAAUAAUUAGAAAUCUUUUAGCCUUGAAUCCAACCAAACGCAUGACUGCUGAUCAAGUACUUGUUGCUUUGAGCUCUAUUCUUACAAAAUGCUACACAAGCAUGCCCAUUGAGAAUGACUUCCAGGUAGUGCCUGAAAAUUCUGCCUUAGAAAAUCAAAAGGAUGAGCACGAAGAUAAGCCACUGGGAAAUGCCCUCGCUUCUUCUCUGGAUGUCUCCUCCGUCUUGGAUGCUGUUGUGGUCAGUUGGGAAGUUGGAAGGCCAUGCAGAAAUGUAAGUAAAGUGACUAGAAAUGUACCACAGCAAGGCAUUCUUUUCCCCAUCUCACAUAUUUCUGAAGAUGAGCAAAAUUUGACUGUGGCAGACAUUCAGAAAUAUCAGCAUCUGCUUCCAAGUUCUUCAAAUCUGUAAAAUGAAGUAUCAAAAUUGCUAAAAUUUCUGUACAAUUGUAAUUUUAUUGUUGAAAUUUCAUGAAUUCUUUUCCUUUUUUUAUGGAAAGUUUUGUAUUAUUGAAAGCUGGAAAUGUAAAUAAAUAAAGCUUUUUAAUUAUUGAAACAGCUUUGAUGUUAGAUAUGCAUGUUUAGUUUGGCUCUCUAUCUGAAAUUGUUUUUUAUUCCAACUUGAAAAAUGGAAAGUAUAAAGGAUAAUAAAGAAAAAAGAUACCAAAAUUUCAAAAAAAUUCCUAUUAUGCUUAAAACAUAAAUUUUCUCCCCCCCCCCUUGAAUCUUCAAUUAAAUCAUCAGUUAUAUCCAUGGAAGAAACAAUAUCUUGUUUCAUAAUGAAAAAUAAUUUUUGAUGUUCUAUUUGUGUUUUAUUGAUGUUUUGUAAAAAUAAUUAUUUGAUGUUGAAAAAACUAUUUUAUUUUUUAAAAAAAAGCAAUGAAAAAGCAGAUGUUUUAAAUGUUUCUUCUUUAUAAAUAUUGCAUAUCAAUAUUAAUGAAAAUGGUAAUUAAUUACAUGAUUCUUGGACAAUCAUAUUGGGAUGCUUUAUUUAUGAUUCAUUUUGUAAUGAAAAAAUAUCUUUCACUUGAAAAAAGAGUAUCAUUCUGUAAUUUUUCCUUUUCCUUGGAAGACUUCAAAUCGUAAAUAUUUAUGUCACUGUCAAUCUUCAAUAUUUACAACUGUAGAAAGUAGCUUUGCGAUGCAGACAAAGCUGUCUUGCAGAAAAUAGGCCUGCUUCAAGUAUUUCUACUGUAAAAUUCUAUUUUUCAUACUGUGAUAGUUUUUUUCCAAGUGAAUAUUUAUAAUAAUUAUCAUUGAUUUAAAAUUAUGUUGUUGCAUUUAAAUACCUUCUAAUGCCAUCUGUUAUAUUAUUUUUAAUAGUUGCUGUCAUUUUGAAUUGUAAAAGUUUCUGUAUCAUUGAACAUAUUUUAUUAAUUAAAAAAUAUUUAUUGAUGUAAAAACUCCCUUAUAAAACAUGAAAUUA